AUGACUGAUGCAGUGUUCUUCCAUGUGUUAUUCGAUGUCCUCGACAACCCGAACACUGGUGCCGUGGUUGACCCGGUCCACAAAAUUAUUGCUAUGAAUGGCAUUCCUCAGGCCGUUGUCCCGGGAAGUUGCUUUCCUUCCAGUGAUUUCAAGAUGUACCUCAAGUCUCAAGCUAUUGCCUAUACCUACCUACCACGAGAUGCUCAACAUCUUGGAGGCUUUCAUGAACGAGUACAUGGGACUAUAUUGCAGCAAGUGAGGGGUCGGUUGGCGAGAGCUGAGCUGCAGGCUGAGCCCAUAACCUUCUUGACUAUCUAUAGUGAAGCUGUGGCCAGUGUGAACCGCCUCCCUUUGACCGACUCUGGAGGACUAACCCCCUUCGAAUUAUAUCAUGGACGACGCCCUCGUUAUCUUGCUGGUUCCUGCACUGGUGAGGAUGCUAGACUAGGUCAACAACUUAUUGAUGAAUGGUUUCCCGGCUUACGACGUAAUGAACAAGAUGUUCUAGAGUCUGAUGAGCAAGAGAGUGGUUGGCAGGGUCCCUAUAUUGUCACUUGGAAGAAUCAAGAUGGUACACUUUAUAGAUUGAAGGGCGAAGAUGGUACCUCUCUACCUUAUGUCGAAGGACGGUCCAAUCUACGUAAGUACUAUGAACGAGACGAGCAAGAUGAUCUACCCCCGUACGAUUCCUACGAUGAAAAUGGUGUAUUCCCACCGGAUGAUGUCGAGGUCGAGCACGACGUUCCAAUCGAAGAUGCCGACGUUACCAACUGA